CUGAUGAGGAGGCCCCUGAUUAUGGUUCUGGAGUUAGACAGUCAGGAACYGCCAAGAUCUCCUUUGAAGACAACCAGUUCGAGAAGUUCCAGUCUGAGUCGUGUCCCGGCGGCUUGUCGCACUCCAGCACCUCCCAGGAGGAACUGAGGAUCGUCGAGGGGGAAGGACAAAAUGUUGAGAUGGGAAUCUCAGCAGAUGAAGUGAACAACAACACCUGUGAAGCCACCCUGGAUGCUCCUCACAGCCCAGUGAAGAGUUUAGGUCUGGGUCUGGACCUGCCUCUGGAGCUGUCUCCGGAAAAAUCUCUGUCCCACCUGAAGAUCGGCAGCACCUUCACCUUCAGGGUCACCGUCUUACAGGCCUCCAGCAUCUCAGCAGAAUACGCCGACAUCUUCUGCCAGUUCAACUUCAUCCACCGUCAUGAUGAAGCCUUUUCCACUGAGCCGCUAAAAAACACUGGCAGAGGACCGCCCCUGGGCUUCUACCACGUCCAGAAUAUCACGGUGGAGGUGACCAAGUCGUUUCUGGAGUACAUCAAGACUCAGCCCAUCGUCUUUGAGGUGUUUGGACACUAUCAGAAACAGCCCUUCCCUCCACUAUGCAAAGAUUUGAUCAGUCCACUGAGACCCUCCAGGAGACAGUUUCCUCGGGUCAUGCCGUUAUCAAAACCGGUGCCGGCCACCAAGCUCAGCACGCUGACUCGCUCCACCGCAGGACCGUGUCACGCCAAAUACGACCUCAUGGUCUUCUUUGAGAUCUGUGAGCUAGAAGCUAACGGAGACUACAUUCCAGCAGUGGUUGACCACAGAGGUGGGAUGCCUUGCCACGGGACGUUCCUCUUACAUCAGGGCAUUCAGAGGAGGAUCAGAGUUACCAUCGCUCAUGAAGCAGGAAAUGAUAUCGAGUGGAAGGAGGUGAAGGAGCUGGUAAUUGGUCGUAUCCGAAGCACUCCGGAGGCUGAYGAGACCAUCAUAGACCCCAACAUCCUCUCCCUCAACAUCCUGUCCUCCGGAUACCUUUGGCCAAAACACGACGACAAUGUGUCGUUGGGAGUCGAUCACAGAAGCUUUUAUCGGUUUGAAGCGGCCUGGGACAGCUCCAUGCACAACUCUCUCCUCCUGAACAGAGUCACCCCGUAUGGAGAGAAGAUCUACAUCACUCUCUCCACUUAUCUGGAGAUGGAAAACUGCACUCAGCCGACGGUUAUCACCAAAGAUUUCUGCAUGGUGUUUUACUCUCGUGACACGAAGCUUCCAGCCUCUCGCUCCAUCAGAAACUUCUUCAGCACCGGCUGCCUCAGACCAUCAGAGAGCAACCGUGUCACUGGAGUUUACGAAAUCACUCUCUGCCACGUGGCAGACAAYGGAAGCCCAGGCAUGCAGCGCCGUCGCAGGCGCGUGCUCGACACCUCCGUGGCGUACGUGCGGGGAGAGGAGAACCUGGCGGGGUGGAGGCCUCGCAGCGACAGCCUCAUCCUCGACCACCAGUGGGAGCUGGAGAAGCUCAGCUUACUGCAGGAGGUGGAGAAGACCAGACACUACCUGCUGCUGAGAGAAAAGCUGGAAGCUACUCUGCAGGCGGGACAGGAGGCCCUUUACAAAAGCGGCGACAUCAGCGACUUUGCAAAGAGCCCCGUCCUCGGCCACAGUCCGGGCAGCAACCCCCCCACCCCCGACAGCCCCAACCAGAGGCAGAGGGAGCUGGCUGCUAAGUGUCUGCGUCUGCUGAUGCACACCUUCAACAGAGAGUACAGCCAGGUGAGCAGCAGUGCCAGUGAAAGCAAGCUCUCUGAAAUGUCAGCUUCACUCAUGAGGGAAUCAUCUUCUGAUCUGAGCACACUCACUCCCUCCUCCACCUGCCCCUCGCUCAUCGACGGACAUUACGACUUUCGACUUGCUGAUCCCAGUUCAGGAGCUUCCACACCGGACUUGGACCCAUUUAGCCCAGUGGACAGAAAGAAAGCUCUCAGAGGAUACACCUUUGUGCCCGACAUCCAGGAGAUCCGUGUCAGCCCCAUUGUGUCGAAGAAAGGCUACCUGCACUUCCUGGAGCCCCACACCAGCGGCUGGGUGAGGCGCUUCGUUGUGGUCCGCAGGCCCUACGUCUACCUGUACCGCAGCGAGAGGGAAUGCGUGGAGCGAGCCAUCAUCAACCUGUCGUCCGCUAAGGUGGAGUACAGCGAAGACAAACAGACUUUACUGCGGACCCCCAACACAUUUGCUGUGUGCACCGAGCACCGAGGGAUCCUGCUGCAGGCCACCAAUGACAAGGAGAUGCACGACUGGCUGUAUGCUUUUAACCCUCUGUUAGCUGGCACCAUCAGAUCCAAACUGUCCAGGAGAAAGUCGCUGCAGUCGGUGCCGUCUGCUCAGCGGAUGUGAGAGGUGAUCCGGCCUUCUGGGGGAAACAGCAAAGAAACAAACAUACAAUCUACAAACUCAACUUAGCAUCUUGCUCCAAUAAAAAAAACACAACAUAUAGCAAACAUAUCCUCUGAUACAGAGACGGAUUCUCGUCCCAAAAACAACUUAAUACUCAUUUCCAACCCAUCCUGUAUGAGUUUGUGUAGUCACAUCCUCAGACUUUGCAUGAUGUGCUCCCUUUUGACCUUUAGAUGAAUUUGUAAGAGAAAAAACAACAACUACAGAAACCUGUUAAUUAAUCUCUUUCAGCUGGACGUUGGGACUUGUUCGGAUUAGUUUAAAUGUUCAAGUAGGGAUUUGUUUUCUGUGAGGCUUCCAGUUCCUUGUAAAAAGAUAGAAUGAGACCUUGUUUAUCAAUUAUUACAAAAAAAGUCCUGGUAGAAAUACAAACAUUAACUGUGUCGUUACAUCAGAAAGGCGAAGGAAAUCAACAUUAAACUACAUCUUUUUUCUAUGUAGACGGUUGGAGGGAUGAUAGAUCCUUAUACAGUAGAUACACCAUACAUUAACUGUAAAAUACCUCAGUUUGGAUUGGUUCAAUGCUGUUUCAUGGCAGAUAUUUCAGAUAGCAAAGAAUGGGGAAAAAAGCUUUUGGGGAUCUUUUUAACUUUAAAGUAGCAUGAGAAGGUAUUUGUUCAGAUUAAAUGAUGUUAUUCUCAUGUUGUUUCUUCAAGCGGUGUCAUGAAAACUGGAUUCAUUGGCUCGACUAAGGCAAACUAAUUCACUAUGAGGAGAGACAGCUUUCGUCCUUGCCUUCCUUGUUUGAUUUAAGUUUUCAGACAUUUUAGUAAUAAUCAGAAUGGAGAAGAAAAAUGUCAUUAUAGCUAUUGUUAGUUUGCUGCACUGUUAUUUAUUGUGACAAGACCACUGAUAGUUUUGUUGCAUGGCACUUUAAUGUCUUUUUUUUGUAUUGUACUGUUUUAUUUUUUUAAUUUUAACCAAAGCAAUGUUGUUUUUUUUAUUUUAGUAGUUGUAUUUUAUCAUGUAAUUGUGUCAACAGGUAGCUUUUUUUUACGAUGCACUUCUUGGUUUGAAAAGUUCACCUUUUCUCUAAAGUCAGAUGAAAAGGUUAAUUACUGAUUGGUAGGAAUCUGAAGUCAGGAGAUGAUUUUUAUUUUAUUUUAUAGACCAUAUAGCAUAURAUUAACCAUCAAUGUAUGAGGAAAUACUGAAAUAAGUUAUGAUUGUGUGCAGAGGGAGUAGGCAGGACUUAAAGCCCCACAUUCCAGAGAUCCAACAUGGCCGCUCCUAUAAACUGCUGGCUUCAGUAAAAAAAAAACUGAAAAAAGAAAAAACAAGGGAAGGCACCACCAUCUUGUUUAGUAUUUUCCUAAUAUAUCAAUGAUUCAGACUGGUUCCAAAUGGACCUUCCGUCAUUUGUGUUGUUCAGCAGCAAACACCAUUUAUUUAAGAAAUAAAUGUUUGAAGAGCGUGCCCAAUUUAGCCUCUAUGCUAAGCUAAUUAUCUCAUUACUGCAGCCUAACCUUUAUUAAACUGAACAAAAAGGGCGUCAUGAACAAUGCCGACAGCUUCUCUACUACCCCCCCCCCACCCCAAAAAAAGGUAAAAACAAGAACAAAAUCUCCGUGUAAGUUUAUUAUAAAAAAAAGCACUUUUUUAAUUACGUCUUCUUGUAUCAUGAGCCAACGGAGCCGCUCCAGUGAACCGGACCAUUUUAAAACUCUUGUAGCAAUUAAGAAAGGACAAACGUUUAAUUAAACACGGACCUAUAGGUUGGGUCAAGGGCAGUGGCUUUGAGCAGACAAGAGCGUUGUCCUUUCGCCAGUUAGUGCCUCCCUUUCUUCUUUUUUCCAUUCUUUUUUAAAAUAAUGAAUUUAUAAGUGUCCCAAAUUAGGCUUUCAUGUAUAGGAAUGUUAGAUAAAUAUAAUAAACUAUAGUUGUUAUCUUUAUGUCAAAACUUUAGAGUGCAUUUUAUCAAUAAUCUUUAUCGUUUUAUUACAGCUCGUCAGCCAUCGAUGUUGCUUUUAUCUGCAAUUUUCAGCUUAGCUUUUCUUUCUGAGCUGCUUAUUAUUAGAUUAACCCAUGUAUGGCUACACUUAUGUGAUUUUCACGAUAUUAGUGCUUUUAAUUGUCUGCAUUGUGCUAAAAUUACCCAAAAUAUUUCUUGCAUUAUUUCAGUAAAAUAUUAAAUUAAGUGGAGAAAGGAGACAUGUUAGUAAAACAGGCCCUCGCUUUUCAUUGAUUAUGAGUUUCGGGUUAUUUCUGUGUAAAAACAAAAGGCCUGGUUAGCCAGCCAGUCUGCCUUUUUACUUCAUGAUUUUUUUUUCAUGACCACAUUGAAGUAAAACUUAUAAAUAAAAUUUAAACAAAGAUUUCAUGGCUGUUUGCCACAGGCCAGCCAACCUGUUGAGCAGAUCGUUGUGAUGCUCUGAAGUUUUAUGGUAAAGUUUUGUUUCUCUGGUCAUAUUUUCCUUUUUACUCCACAGUUACUGUCUUUAAGCAAAGAUUUAUUUAUUUAUUUAUUUAUUUAUUUAUUUAUUUAUUUAUUUAUUUAUUUAUUUAUUUAUUUAUUUAUUUAUUUAUUUAUUUAUUUAUUUAUUUAUUUAUUUUUGAAUAUUUGUAUGUUGUACUGUAAACUGGGAGACGAGAUGAAUGGAAAGAUGUAUUUAUUAAUAUUAGAAGAAUCUGUUCUGUAACUGUGUUGCACUUUCGCCAAAGCAUUUGUUAUUUAUUUUAUUAUGAUUUUGUCAUGUUUUUGAGAUAUUUGCAUAAAAAAGAUGAUUUGUUUAAAAUAUAUUAGGAUCCUGCUUUUAGGAAGAUGAGGAUUAACACCUUUUUUUAACCUUUAUUUUGCAAAUGGCAGAUGACUUGUGAUGCUUCCAGCCCAAAACAGUCAAAGGAUUUCAUUUGAAAAAAAAAAAUUGCUGGGACAGUUUUGAAUCAGCUUUAGUGUGCAGGCGGUGAUUUGUUAAAUGUUCUGAGAGUUGUUUAAUAAGUGUCAUAGCUAUAUGGAUCAAAGCAUGCAGGUCCACCAUUUUUCUGCAGAACCUUGUCUUUCUCUCCUGCCUUACAGCUCGCUAAUGACAACAGCUUUCCACUCCCAAAGUGCUGCCUGUAAAGUAUUGUCACUCAUGAUCCUUGUAAUGAUUACCCCCUCAAAAAAAAAAAAAACCCUUCCUCUUGGCUCUGUCGUGUAUAUAAAUGAAGAUUUCUGUGUUGGGUCUCAUACAGACGAUAUAACUCUCUUUUCCUCUGUGUACCAAGAUUACAACUGACCCGCUGCUUUGUCAAGUGUCACUGAAGAGUAAAGAAUGCUGAUUCUUUUGUGUGUKUUUUUUACUUUUUAAUUUUUUUAAAUUUAAUUUUAUUUUAUUUUUGCACGUUCGCUCACUUUAGGAUCAGGUUGCCCGUGUUAAAUCUGAGGAAAGGUCUUGCGCUCUUGUUCGGAGUUGCUCGACAGAAGCGGGUCUCAGCCUGUGACAAAAAGAAAAGUCCUAAUCUCAGUGCUCGCGCGUUUWUCUUUUGAGUGUUCUGGAGUUCUUUUUCAUGUCUGUGGACACAUAACAAAGAGUUGUCAAGAAAAAAAAUCUAAUAAAAAAAUCAAACAAAAGGCAAA